AUGAAGUUAAUAACACGAUUUUCAUCUGAAUCUAAUGAAAUUUUACAUAUUGAUCAUGCAAAAACAAUUAAUUUUAAUUUUGGCCAUGCCAAAAUAAAUAAUGGAAUUUGUUAUUUACGUUAUGAUGAUAAAAAUCCUGAAAAACAAAAAGAAAAGGUUUUUACUGGCAUUAUUGAUAUUGUCAUAUGGCUUUGUCAUGAACCGUAUAAAGUAACUCAUGCAUCGGAUCAUUUUAAUCAAUUAUAUGAAUUGACUGAAGAAUUGUUUCGUCGAAAUUGGCUUAUGUAUGUCAUCGAAAAAGUAAAGAAUUAA